UCCACAAUAAUCCUUCCAUUCCUUUUUCAUAUUAUUCCAAACGAAGGAAUGACUGGCCACUUUGAUGCAAAACAAACAACCCCUAGAGCUACGGCGUGUUAACCUUCUUCCUCCAAAACUUCUUGUUCUUCUUCCACGCUAUCGUUCAUCUUUAUUCUCCACCAUUCCCUCCCAAUUUAUCAAUUGAACCUUAUUCAACCCUAGUAAAAAUCGUUUCCCGCUACUCUACAUUGUUCCGGAGCUCAUUGAACCCUAAUACCCUCCGUUAACCGUCGUUCACCAACAUCGGUCAAUGCCACUGUGGCUCUCGGUUAUAUAAACUGGAUUCUGGACUUUUAUGUUUUCUGCAGCUUCAGUUAGAGGAACAAGACACAGGUUUUCCUACCCAUUCAAUAGACAUAACUUAUUCUGGCUAUGCUUAGUUGAAGAUGUUCCGACCAUUGCAUCAUCCCUUACAAGAUGUUUUCGAUCUUUUACUCCUUAUUCCAUACAUCCAAGAACUUACAGCACACCGAGACAUCUUUCAAAACUACCCCCUGUAUGUUCUCCAUCAGCUUUUGUUUCACAGCUCGGAUCAAAUGUCAUUGGAAGCCAAUGUAAUCAGGCAAACCGGCUACCUUCCAGAUACACAAGUAAUUCAUCAGUUGAACUGAAGACCCAAAAUGAUGUUGUACGGUUCUCUCUGUAUAAGCCUGGCGAUAUUAGCUCUGGAAUGAAGAGCCAGAAUAAAAAAGUGAAAAAAUCUAAAAGGGCCAAAGUGAAUGAGCUCAAAUUUUAUCGUUUGAAGGCAAAACAAAAGAUGUAUUCUCCUAAUCCCGAAGUUAGAAUUCGCUAUAAGCUUGAAAAGGCCAAGCGAAAGGAAACAUGGCUGAUUGAAAAGCUUAGGAAAUUUGAUGUUCCGAAGCUCCCAACAGAAACAUUUGAUCCUGAAAUUUUAACUGAGGAGGAGAGGCAUUAUCUGAAGCGCACUGGAGAGAAAAAGAAACACUAUGUUCCAGUUGGGAGACGAGGAGUGUUUGGUGGGGUAGUUCUAAACAUGCAUCUUCACUGGAAGAAUCAUGAGACGGUGAAGGUUAUAUGCAAGCCCUGCAAACCGGGUCAAGCUCAGGAGUAUGCCGAAGAGCUGGCUCGACUGAGCAAAGGCAUUGUGAUUGACAUCAAACCUAGUAAUAUUAUAAUUUUUUACCGAGGAAAGAACUACGUACAACCCAAAGUGAUGUCACCUCCAGAUACAUUAUCAAAAGCGAAGGCCUUGGAGAAAUAUCGAUAUGAGCAGUCCCUUGAGCAUACUAGCCAGUUCAUUGAAAAGUUGGAGAAAGAGCUUGAAGAGUAUCAUGAGCAUGUUGCAAAGUUUAAAAAAGGGAAAGAGGAUACAACUUAAGAUGUUAGAGUGUACAUUAGCAUAUUAUUCCCAGUUGAUAUAAAUGAUGCUUGAUUUAAUAAAAAUGUUGCAAGAAAAUUCAUUAUGUUGUUUUCUAGAAGAAAAAUGCUGAUAACAUACUUUUUAACAUAUUCUUUUCCAACAUUCUUUCGAGGUUGUAGUUAUUUUGUCAUGAAUUAAGGAAGCUUGACUAUUUUUUUGGACAUCCAUAUCACACACGAGACCCUUACAACUGAUUUUGUUUGCUUUUGAGGAGAAGUAAAAACUUUGUUUUCCUUUGAAGUGGCUCAAGGCCAGCAGCAAUACUCAUGUCUGAUAUGUCAAGUUGACAAGUUAUAAUGUUUCUAAGAUAAAAGUUCACAUUCCUUGUUUACAGUCUUUAAGUAUUGUGAUUUGUGUAAGACAAUUCACAUGGUAAUUGUAUUGUUUUAGAUUAAUGAUGGCGUUAUUUAGCUCAUCUCAUGAUUAUAUUCAUGAAUUUUGGUUUCUGAUUGAAUAUUACGACGUAGUCUUAUCUAUGUAGCCAACUCCGCUUAGUUGUAUUAUAUUCAUGAAGUUCUCUAAGACAUAUUUCUGCAUUUUUCUUCAACCACUGUGAGUAACAUUUUCCAAUUUUCCUCAAAUAUAUCAUUGAAUCACUAGUUGGCCAGCGACUGUCUUAGUGGUGUUUCUUUGUUGGACUUGGAUGAAUAACUUAAUAGAUUUUGGGAGCAAAGCCUCUCAAAUUUCACGAGAAAUUCUAUAUAUGCAAUGUAUUGGAGCAAUGUUUUUAUGCAUGUUUUAUUGAAACUUGAUACUGUAUAUCUGAUUUGAUUUUCGAAAAGAAAAGCGUGAGUUCCUGUUCUGUUACUGUGACAAUUUCAUCAGUUACAUAAAUUUGGUAAAAUGUCAUGCAUCAUAAAGAUUCUAUCCUAAAGUCUCAUUCAUUACUUUGGGAUGCCAAUCAUUGAAUAAAGACCACCCAACCCCAUUCCCCCAGUUAUACCGAAACAAAGUCUGAAAUGAUUUUGUAACAGAUUUCAUGUGUCCUCUAGUAAAACUUGUUUCAAAACUACUACUGCAUUUAGGUUUAGGAUGUGUGAACUAAAAGAUGUUACUAUGGCAUUCACACUCAUGAUAAGGCUAUAUAUCAAAUACAUAUUGUAAGAAGUUUGUCUUUAAGCAAUUACAUGUGAAUGAGCUCAUAUAACAUGUUCUCAAUUCACAUUUCGCAGUGACUUAUCAUAACUCAAAAGGGUUUUCCAUAUCUCUGCCUCUUCUUCUGUCUGUCCAUUGGAAAUAGCUUUAAUUGAAGCUAGACCCACCCAAAGACAAAAAAA